UCCCUUUCAGGUCGCGAGCGCGACUCGCCUCCGCUGUUUUCCUGUGGGAGCCGCGGCGGGCCCCGGGGAGGUGGUGGGGCCUGCUCGGUCCGGGCCGCGUGAUGGGCGGCGGGGCUGCUGCGCUGUUGUGGAACCAGGAGGACGCGGCCUGUUUGGGGUAAGAACUGUCCAAUGUAGUCAUGGCUCGAGAACGAAAAUGCAUACUAUGUCACAUCGUGUACAGCUCAAAAAAGGAGAUGGAUGAACACAUGAGAAGCAUGCUUCACCACAGAGAACUUGAAAAUCUGAAAGGAAGGGACAGCAACCACAAGUGCCAGGUGUGCAGGGUGACAGUGGUGGGCUUGUCGGCAUAUGCCAAGCACAUCUCCAGCCAGCUGCACAAAGACAAUAUCGAUGCCCACGACAGAGAGGAAGAUGAAGGGAAAGAAGAGGCUGAUGAAGAGUACUUUGACAAGGAACUAAUUCAACUAAUCAAACAAAGGAAGGAACAGAACCGGCAAGUUGAAGCUUGCUGUAGAAACCAAGAAAUAGAACCCGAUGAUAGGAGACCACAGAGAAGGCGAGAAGAAAGAGCUGUUUAUAAAGACAGAGAAACUUAUGAUCCAUCCUUGUGGCACCAUCAUGGCCCAUCUCAGAGGGACUGGAAAUGGGAAAAUGAUGGCUUUAUGAAUCCUAGGCAAGGCAAAUUCCCACAUUCUAUAAAGAACCCUAAUGCAGACCGGCACUUCAGUGGUCCCAGGGGAUGCUCGGGAUGGCAUCAAAAUGGUUCUGCAGGCCUUUCAGGUCAACAUGAUAACCAUGGGAAUUCUGGAGGUGUUUGGCAUCCAAGUGCAGGAGGAGAAAUAUCAAAAUGGUAUCAAGAUGUCAAAGGAAGAAAUUCCAACUGGCAUUCUGAAGGAACAGGUGACUUUUCUAUUUGGCAUUCUAAAAACUCAGCAAGAAACUGGAAAUCCAAUCCUCAGGGUGCCGAUGGCUGGAAUUUUGGUGGCACAGGGGACACACAUCCACUGGAAAGAAAUAGGACUGCAAAUUCUAGUUCACACACAGAAGAUGGGAGUGUUGCAUGGAAAAAAAACCCCAUUAAAUAUAACCAGGAAAGGUAUACACGGCAGUGGCAGGCAAAUGACCAAUUGGAUUUUACUAGUGAUAAACUCCCUCCAGUGGGGGCACUGGAUUUCAGUAUUUCUGAACAACCAGAGAGUAAAAUGUCCAAGAUGAAUGGAAAGAGUGGCAGCACUUCCAAAGAUAAAAUUCAUCGCUGGACUCCUUACCCCUCCCAGAAAGCUACAGACCAGCAGCCAUGGUCUGAAGAGAAUGUUCCUAAAACUUCAGAGAAAAAAGAUUCUGUAUCUCUACCUUUUCUCGAGACACCCAUGAAAGGGAUGGAUCUUGAAAUAGAUGCAACAAGCCUCCCAAAACUGAUAACGUGGGAAGAGACCCUUUUAAACCACCCCUGUUACAAGGCCACUGCUGACCAACAUGAAUCUUGCAAGGUGAAUGCAGACUGCCCCAGUGGAGGAAGAUCUGACCAAGAGGAGGGCAGAAGUAACAGGAUGCCAUCACUGAAAUCCCCUCUCCUGGUUAUUCCAGACAUGAAGUUAUCUUCCCAAAAGCAAGAUCCAAAGGAUCUCUUGAAAAAUGUCAAGCUUCUAUUAUCCUCAUCCCCUGGAGAACUCCAGAACCAUUCGAAUGCACUAAACUUAGAAACUAUCCGUUCCUCUUCUUAUGUAUCCAAGUUGCGCAGUGCUUGUAGCUUAAGAGGUAGCAGAGAUGUGCUUGACAGAAAUCAGAGACAGCCUAUUGAUAGCCUAAGUGAAGAACUACGAAAAGCCAAAGAAGAGUUGCAAUCCAAUCUUUCUCUGCAAAAUCCUUACUUAAGUUCAUACAGAGAUACAGAGAGUGAUCUAAAUGGUGGUCGGAAUAUAGAGGAACCCAGGAAAGGUUCUUCAAAGACUAAUGAGCUUAGAGUUGAUACAUUAGAGGAUGUAAGUGAAGAGUGUGAAAAGGCUGAAGCAAGGGUUGAAAAGCUACGUCCUUUUAUUAAUACUUGUUCACCGUGUGACCCUCAGGAGUGUGAACAUGCUACCACCAGAAAGGAAGGUGACACAGAAGCAUCAGGCAAACUUCCCGAUUCAAGUAUUAUAACUGAGAAGCAAAAAGAUUCUGAAUUUCAAAUGGAGUCAGUGAACCCAUCAAGCCUUCAAAACAAUUUAAGUGAUGAGCUGAAAACCUCUCAGGAAGGGAAAGGUGAAGAUCCUAUCAAAUCAAGUCAUCAUUUUGAUAUGGAAGGCUUUGAAAACAGUUUAGAUCAUGAACUGCAAAAAGGAGGUGGUGGCCAACCUUCAGGCCCUCUCCUUCCUGAAUUAAGUAAACUUGGCCUCCCUGCUUCCCUCCAAAGAGAUCUGACACGACAUAUCAGUUUGAAGAGUAAAGUUGGGGCACAUCUUCCUGAGCCCAACCUCAAUAAUGCACGACGUAUUCGAAAUGUUAGUGGUCAUCGAAAGAAUGAGACUGAGAAGGAGUCUGGACUUAAACCAACCCUGAGGCAGAUUCUUAGUGCAUCCCGAAGAAACAUAAACUGGGAACAGGUCAUCCAGCAAGUAACAAAGAAGAAACAGGAGCUUGGCAAGGGUUUACCAAGGUUUGGCAUAGAGAUGGUACCCCUUGUUCAGAACGAACAGGAAGGUCUUGAUUUGGGUGAAGAACCUGAGCUGUCCAGCCUAGAAGGAUUCCAAUGGGAAGGGAUUUCCAUUGCAGUAUCUGGAUCAGCUAGGAAACGCAGCCUCUCCGAAAGCAGCGUUGUUGUGGACAGGACUGCUUCUGUUUAUGGAUUCUUCAGUGACCAAGCCACAACAAAGGGAAGUGAGCAAAAGCAAAUCAUUCCAGCCUGCCAUUCACAUUUUAUAGCACCUAUAUAUAAAACAAGUGCUGAUAAUGUGGCCGACUUCAAACAAGAGACAUCCUCUCUCCCUUCAUCACCAUUCAUGUCUGAAAGAACUGAAACUCUUAUCAACGGAAGGAGACACAGCCUACAUAUGCCCUCUGAUGUUACAAGCCUCACAGUAUUUACCACUAAACAAGAUAAGGAGAGCCCAGAAUGUAGAAUACCAUUUCUUGAAAACAAAAAUGCAUUAGAGCUCACAGGAGAAGGAAACAUUUUGGCUUCAAAUGGAGCUUCAGUGCAUGCAGGAUCAAACUCUGUAGAUGCAGCUACAGACAGCAGCUGUACAUCUGGUACUGAGCAGAAUGACAGCCAGGGAAUUGGAAAGAAAAGAAGAGCAACUGGAGAGGGAUCAUCUCCUGAAAUCCCAAGUCUAGAAACAAAGAAUAAAAGAAGGAAAAUUAAAGGCAAAAAAGAGCGUUCUCAGGUAGAUCAGUUGUUGUCCAUUUCCCUGAGAGAAGAAGAGUUGAACAAGUCACUGCAUUGUGUGGAUGACCGCCUCUUGCAGGCCCGGGCUGCUCUGCAGGCAGCCUAUGUUGAAGUUCAACGAUUCCUUGUAUUGAAACAGCAGAUAACAAUGGAGAUGAGCGCUUUGAGGAGUCAGAGAAUUCAGAUCCUGCAGGGGCUACAAGAAACCUAUGAACCUCCUGAGAGAUCAGAACAGCUCACCUGUAGCAUCUCAGAUGAAAGAAGAAUUAGCAGAUCCAUGACAACAGCUGAUCUAGCUCUUCCUCCUUCAGGUCACUUCUUCCCCCUUUUGGAGACUUCUUCAUGUCUCUCCUCCCACACAUCCCCUUCUGGUACUCCCUUGGGAGCCUCUCUCCGAGUGAGCACCCCACCUGUGUUCCAAACCCCUAGUACUAUCACAGCCAGCAUUGUUCCUGAUUCAUCAAUGCAAAUUAAACAAGAACCUAUGUCUCCAGAGCGUGGAGAAGAAAGUGUGAAUACCGUCCUCCAUGGCUCUGUGUGCACUCCACAAGCAGAACUGCAGCAGAAGGAUGUAGAUAUCAGCCAGAAAACUUCUGUGUAUCCAGUUAUCUCCGCAAUCAUGUCCUUGUCAGAGCUGACUACUUGUUUCCAACAGACUAAUCAAGAUGUUCACAAGUCUGCUACAGAUAAGGGGCGGACCAUAGUAUCUGGGAACCCUUCCCCUUCACAAUCACCAUCUGUUCUCAACAAACAAAAAGGAGCGAUUGAAACCGUGACUGAAAUCACUUUACCAGAACAGCGUAGCAGCUCCCUUGCAAAUCAGUCUCUCUCUUUAGAAACACCUUUGGACAAAGAUCCCAAACUACCAGCAGAACAGCCUGAGCAUCCGGCAGAAUCCACUCUGGUCUCUGCAGAGAACAAAGGAAAAAAGAGAAGGAAAAAGCUAAGGAAAAAGAAAACAUUGCGAGCAGCCCAUGUGCCUGAGAACAGUGACACAGAACAGGAUGUUAUUGACUCUAAACCUAUUCGGAAAGUCAAGAGCGGGAAGGUGCCCACUGGGGGAAAGGUUACUACAUCCACCCUUCUAAGACAGGAGGAUGGGGGCACUCAUGAAGUAGACAGGAACAAAGAUGAUAAUGAGAGUGAUGCCUCUCUGGAAUUAGUAGAAACUGCAAACCCCCAGUUUGAGGUGGUGGCCAUCAACUCAUCAGAGUCAGGAGAUGAGAAACCAGACAGCCCAUCUAAGAGGGACACCAUGAAAUCCUCGGAGCAAACUUUAAUGGAGGCAUCUCGCUCUGGUUAUGAUGAAGUGAGCUCCACCAGUGAGAUUGGCACAAAUUAUAGGGAAGGCAUCAAUAGCAGUAUGGCUGAGACUCUCCCUUCUAGAUCACCAAUGAGAUGUUCAAAGAACUCUUCAGAAGUGUCUUCAGAGCCAGGUGAGGAUGAAGAACCUACGGAGGGGAGCUUUGAGGGACACCAAGCUGCAGUGAAUGCUAUUCAGAUAUUUGGGAGUGUGCUUUACACCUGCUCAGCAGACAAAAGUGUCCGUGCCUACAAUCUGGUUAACAGGAAAUGUGUGGGUGUCUUUGAAGGACACACUUCCAAAGUGAACUGUCUCCUGGUUACUCAAACAAGUGGGAAGAAUGCAGCUCUCUACACUGGCUCUAGUGACCACACAAUCAACUGUUACAAUAUCAAGACCAGGGAGUGCACGGAGCAAUUGAAAUUGGAAGACCGGGUGCUCUGUCUGCAUAGUAGAUGGCGAAUCCUGUAUGCAGGCCUGGCAAAUGGCAAUGUGGUCACUUUCACCAUAAAGAACAACAAGCAAAUUGAUACCUUUGAAUGCCAUGGCCCUAGAGCAGUCAGCUGUCUAGCCACAGCUCAGGAAGGAGCACGCAAGUUGUUGGUAGUGGGGUCCUAUGACUGUACCAUCAGUGUGCGGGAUGCUCGAAAUGGACUGCUUCUCCGAACUCUUGAAGGUCAUAGCAAAACAAUACUCUGUAUGAAGGUUGUGAAUGAUCUGGUGUUCAGUGGCUCCAGUGACCAAUCGGUCCACGCCCACAAUAUACAUACAGGAGAGUUGGUACGAAUCUAUAAAGGCCAUAAUCAUGCAGUAACUGUUGUGAACAUCUUAGGGAAGGUGAUGGUGACUGCUUGCUUAGAUAAAUUUGUCCGUGUUUAUGAGCUACAGUCUCAUGACCGUUUGCAAGUCUACGGAGGACACACAGAUAUGAUCAUGUGCAUGACUAUUCAUAAGAGCAUGAUCUACACUGGCUGCUACGAUGGCAGCGUCCAAGCUGUGCGGCUUAACCUGAUGCAGAAUUACCGUUGCUGGUGGCAUGGAUGUUCACUGAUAUUUGGAGUUGUGGACCACCUGAAACAACACUUGCUAACAGAUCAUACCAACCCACAUUUUCAGACCCUAAAAUGUCGCUGGAAGAACUGCGAUGCCUUUUUCACUUCCAGGAAAGGUUCCAAGCAGGAUGCUGCAGGACACAUUGAAAGACAUGCCAAGGAUGACAGCAGAAUCGACUCAUGAAGCUUUUCACCUCCCAUAUUGGGAAGUAAUUUUAUACAUCAGAACUAUUCCAUACAUCAUUCACCUCUUGUCCCGUCCUCUUUCCUCCUCCUUUUCCUCCUUGGAGUGGAAAAAGGGAGUGGAGCCUAACUGCCGUACUACAGAGACUGCAUUUCACAUGCAACUCUGUAGAAAUGGGAGCGGCCCAUUAACUUUCAGACCAAACUGUGUUCAGUUUUUAUUCAUCAGAAGACACUAUGAGCAUCCCCUCUUGUGUGCCCAUUUGAAGUGCAUUCUGUGCAUCUAAGAUUGGGCAUUCAGAGGGUUAUUCUGACUGAGAUAAAACUAGGUGCCAGCAUUCAAUAACACCUUCAAAUGUGCAAGGAUUUAACCAAGGCGAGUAGUGUUCAACUGUUUCAUGUUGUAUGCAAAUCCCACACAUGCUUUCAUUUUUUAGCCAAUUUUAAUAAAAUAUUUCUAACUAGAAAGACACAAGUUCCACAGAAAGUUAGCACUGAAUUUCCAUUACAAAUGUUGGCUGUCCUCAUAAAACUAUAUAGUAUUUUAAUGGGAAACUGGAAUGAAGUGGUUCCUUUUUUUUUUUUUUUAAUGUUGACUGCAAUUUAUGCUUUGACAUUUUGAUUAUUCUUUGUUUAAAGGUUGCUCUGAUUGGUAAAAUGCACAGUGACUGACUGGAUUUCACUGUCCUGCACAUUACAUUCUCUAAGGAGAUUUGUGAUGAGGGCAGACACUUUUUUAAGAGGUGUUGCAGCCGCAAAGCAGCCUGACUUCUUCCUUCAUACACCCCCUUAGUGAUCUCUAACAAAUUAAAAGACUAGGGACCUUAGUCUUUGAUACACAAGAGCUGGAUUCCUGAUUUUUGGUAGUUUAUUUUGGUAGAUUUCAUAACUUAUUUUAGUUGAGAUCUCACAUAGAAUUUUGUUGACUGGCAUUGCAAUCCUGUCUCUUUAUGAAAGUCAGUUUACUGAGCAGAUGCACAGGCACCACAUGUCUGAACACAGCCAUUUUGGUGUUGCUCUGUUUCCAGUGUAAACUGACUUUACUUGCAUCAGCUUCGCAGACACUCGAGUUUAUCAUGGAAGUGUGCAACAGAGAGCUGCUGGGUGUGGAGCAGGAUUUUAGAGUCCAAGGAUCUCAAGCAGAAGCUGAGGGUACAAAGUGCAUAUAAUCUGUAGAAGACUUCAUUCUACGAAUGCUUUUAAGAUACCGCAAACUGCCAUAAAGGGAAGGCCAUGCUUAUUGUUUCCAGUGGUCUGAUUUGCUCCUUACUUACUCCUGAGGGGGACUGAAAUCUCAUUUGUCCAGCAGGAACUGCAAAAUAGAAAGGGCUGUUUGCGGGAUUGGUCCCUCCCCGCCCCCAUCCUUUCCCUAUUCCCCACACACCUUCUAGGUCAUGAGACUAAGUGAAGGUAGCAAAGGGUGAUCUUCCCUCCCUUUUAAUACCAGCUCAGUACAGGAAAGUAAGAGUUCUCACUUGCUGUGGCCUAUGAAUGGAGUACUUUAAGUGCCAGUCUAAUUCAAGGAGCUCUCUGAGCAGUGUAAUUUUUGUGUGCGCGCGGUGGGAUUUUUUGGCAACUCAAUCUUAAAGCAGAAGGCUGUGGAAGGCUUACAAAACACCUCCUAAACCACUGACAUUCAGGAGCUUUCACACAAUAGGAAAGUGGCAUGCAAAGGUCUGGAAGAAACAAUGUGAAUUUUUUAGGAUAUUCUUAGCAGAAUGUGAUUUGAAGCGAAGGUACAGAGUCAUGUGUAUAAGGACAAGCUUGUGGAGUGCAUUUUGAGGACUGGUGUGCGUGUGCAUUUUAUGACUUUUCCUUGUGGUACUUUGCACUGUUUCCCCAUUUCUUUAAUAUGUUGGGAAACUGUCAAUGACUGUGUUUGCAAGAAUGUGUGAAUGUUCUUUGCACUAUAUUAAGUAUUGCAAGAUAUGCCGUUCUCACACUUUUCAUUUGUGUUCCUGACUACUUUUAUAAGGGGCGGGAGGGGGGGCUUAAAGUUAGAUGAGAGUGAACAAAGAUUUCCAACUCUUUUUAGUUAAUUUCAAGACAUCUGAAAUCUUUUCUUUGGUUAACCUUUUUAAACUAUCCUCCCAGUGUAGUUGGAAUUGAUGAAAUGUAGCCUUCUAUUAUGCCAGAAGGAGAGAACUAACUGAUUCCCAUCUGGGUGCCUAAGUUUGGUAGCUUACAAAGAAACAGAUGUUGAUUAAAUAUUAGAAUUAGUGGUGGUCAGGGGAAAUUAUGUAGGUGGAUGAGCUUUACAAAAGUUUUAGCAGCAUAUUCAUAAGUUGUCUGUAGUUACUUUUGGGGUUCAGAGAAAAAGGUUAUACCAUUUUGCUGCAUCGCAAAUUUCCAUGAGAGAGCCCUAAGCCACAAAGCUGCCAUGAAGAUCUGAACUUCCCCAAAGUUGAGGGGCAUUUGGAUAUGGGGUUCAGUUUUGGGCCCAUCUGUAUUAUCCACUUUCCUACCUGUUCAACUGGAAAUCUGUGUGGAUUUAAUUAAUGACCACUUGGUUCUUCCAGGCACUAAAAAAAUUGCAGUGACAGUAGUUCUUUAAAUUUAAAAUCUGGAUUUAUUAGGCAAAUUUGGUCCCCCAUCCCUGAACCCACACAGGAGUCUGAUAUCUGGCAUUCCUCCACUCAAAGAACUACUAGAAAUUUGUCUUGGGAAAGGGGAAUAUUUGUUGGAAGAAUAGAUGUCUCUAGGAAAGCAACACUACACAUCUGAAGCAGUGUUCAAGACUGUUUGUAUUUGGCUUUUCUUGAAAGGAAAGAGUUAAAAAUAAAGUAACUAGAGGAAAGUGGGGCUUUAUUUUUAUUUUUUCUUAUAUAUUGGCUAAGGGCUGUGUAUGGUGUAUAACUAAAAUAUGAUGGUCUUAAUGGAGUGCAUAGCACCACUCCCUGCUGCCGCCGCCGCCCCCCCCUUACCCCCAACAAUACUGAUAUUUUGCUUAUGCCAUGACCAUGUUUAGUGGGUGUAAGUGUUCAGAACAUGAUCGUGUUGUGGUAACAUAGGAAAUAGGUUAUGUAUCACAGAAGAUAAUCUUCAGGAAACCUUUCCAUUGUAAAUCUUUUUUUUUUUUUUUUUUUAAGAAUCUGGGAAUUCCACAUGAUGUUCGCCUACUCCACCUCCAAUCACAAGGAGGAGAGAAUAAAUGGAGUAGCUCUAAAAGGUGUUACCAUCUUCUAGCUAUAUCCCAAAUUACAAUUUAUUUGUUCUCAGAAAACAGCAGUUGAAUUGGUAGAUACAUUAUCAAUAUUGUUGCUUUUCAGUCAUCUUUUUCCCUCCCAAUUGCAGGGCCUUAAUGGGAGAAAUGGUAGCUAGUUGAUGAUGAUUUAGUAUUUCUCACCCCCGCCCUCCAAGAUGCCUUAAUUACUGAGCUGUGGUCAGCAAGGACCAUUUUCGAGGUAGAUGGGGGAUUUUUCAGUUCAUUGAUAUAAAAAUGCAUUAAAUACCCCAGCUUCUGUUUGCCUUCUUGUGACAAGUGUUUAGAAUGCAGACUUCAAAAAUGUGUGGUCAAAAUAGAAGAUGAUAAAUGGAAUUUGUUGUAAAAGCCUGUUGCUAAACAGCACAAGUUUGGCUGCAAAGUUUUCUGUGCAUAUUUGCAGACCUUCACACUGCAACACUGCUGGAUCAAAACAAACAAAGAAAACAACAAAACCUAUAAAUGCAAAUCAAGUUCUAGCAAACAUUGGAUUCCUGUGGAUAAAUCUGUGGUCAUGACAGGAUGACUUCCCUUUUGUGACUAAACACAAAUACUAGAUGAAAUUUAAGAUGUUUUCAGGUAUGUAUGGUACUACCGCCUGGACAUAGUCUAGAUAGUCCCAAAUUGUAGAAUAUGCAAGCAAGAUUAUUGAAAUUGUUUCAGUUAUUGUUUGUAAAAUAUUUAUUAGUAAAAAUAAAAAGCAAACUGUAUAGGUAAAGUGUUUUUUUAAUAUGUGCCUGCCAGCUUCUCCAACUUCAUUUUGUUACAAAUGUUAAACCUAGUCUUUGGAAGAAUGAAAGUGGGAUAAAACAAUGUGGCUUUUUAGUAUUUCAUAAGUAAAGCUGUGUGGAUCAUGUGCACAGAAUGACUUGGUCUUUCCUCUUUCAUUUUGGUGCAAAGCUGUGAACAUAUUAAUGGAACUUUAUAAAGCAAAACAAACAAAAAAAAGGAAAAAAUAAAAGUUCUUUAUACUAA